AUGUCUGUCCAGGCUUGGACCAUCUUCUUGGCAUUCCUGCUAUUUCCUGUUGCAGUUUGUGGAUACGAAUGUUAUGUGACUCCUUGCACUCGUGAUGUCAUUAUUGUGGUUGAUGGAUCCAGUUCAAUGCAAACGAGUACUUAUAUUUCCCAGGAAAUAAAUGUGAUCACAAAAUUGACAUAUUCCUGGACGCUAGAUUAUUCGAAAGUCAGAUUGGCUCUUGUUGGAGCCUACUUUGGAAAUGAGUUCAAUGGUUUAGACUAUUUUACAGACAGUUCGCUAGUUGAGAAACGGCUACAGUCUUUCCGUUUGGCCGCCAUGCAAUACGGAUUGUUCAAUGGCGACUUCAAUACUACCGUCCGUUUCCUAGAUGAACGUUACGUUGGACAGAGGGCAAAUUUUGGACCUCGAACCAAUGUUCAGAAGAGAAUUGUGAUAUUCACUUCUCAUUCUGGAGAGAAAGAUAUUGCUUCAACCAAGAACACGUUGCAAAAAUUCGGACAACUUGGAUAUUCAGUGACUCUUGUGGGAAUCGGAGUCAGUGAAGACGUGUAUAAGAACACAUAUUACCAUAAGUUUGUCACUAUCCAAUGGUUUGAGCUCGGAAGUGUCGCCCAAUCAAUCAUUGACACCAUCACAGAGGAAGGAAUUUGUUUCUUGGAUCAAGGAUGGACGACACCUAAACAAGAAAUUUGCACAACAACUCCCACAACUACUCGUGCUCCAACAACGACCACAAAGAAAAGUACUGGUACUGUAAAACCAGCAACUACUCCAAAACCAGUUCCUCCAACACAUGCACCAUUUCCAGUUGGAGAUUAUCAAGACUGCAGUUGUACCACUCAAUCUCUCUAUAUUGACAUCGUUUUCGUUGUUGACGUUUCUGAAGGAAUGGGAUUGGGAGGACUUAUGAUGGUGAAGGCUGAAAUCAAUACACUAGUAGGUCAAAUGUCAUUGGAUCCGGAAAUUCAGAAACAUGUUCAAGUGGGAUUGAUCAAGUACAGUAAUGAAUCUGAGAUUGUGUUCAAACCAUCCGAGUAUACAAACGAAGAUGAGUUCACUGAAGAUUUAUGGACAGAUCCACGUUUAGAAGACGUUGAUGAAAAGACGGACGAAGUGAAUCUGCACUUGGCACUUCAACAAGCAGCAAAGAUGAUUGGGUCAAUGAGAAAAGGAGUUAAGAAGGUUGUUGUCAUUUAUGCAGCUAGUUACAAUGACGAAGGAGAUGAUGAUGCUCGCCAAAUAGCUGCCAACAUCCGAGAAUCUGGAUACGAAAUCAUCACUGUUGCAUUUGUCGAACCAGAAUCUUCCAGUUUGGUGAUGAAGAUUGGAGAACUUGCGAGCCCUCGAAUGAAUUUUACUUCUUUCCGAGAUGAAUUAUUGGUCGACGAACUAGAAGAUGCUCUCUGUCAAGUGAAUUGUUACUGUCCAAAUGGUUGGAAACAGUUGGUACUGGAGGAUAGAAAAUACGGAGAGUGUUUCUUCCCAACGAAAAUCGACGCUAGCUGGACUGCAACUAAAUUCGAAUGUCCAAUUCUUUCUAAAGAACAUACUGGAAAUGGUCAUUUGGUUUAUGUGAAUUCUGCCUUGAAAAACACAUUCCUCAAUAAGUUUUACAUGGAUCACUGGGAUCCAGAAAACCAAGAAAAACCAAAUUACGACAUUGGUCUUUCUUACGAUAAGGCCACUCAGAAGUAUAUUUGGGUUAACGGAGUUACAAAUAAUCCAUAUUCAAAUUGGGCGGAAGGGCAUCCAAAUCUUUCAAAAGGAGAAUGUGUUAUGUCAAAACAAGAAGCUGGAACUACAACGGAUUUCAAGUGGAAUUCUAUUAACUGCCAGACAGAUAGCGGAAGAGGACUUUGCCAGGAAGCGGCUUGUGAUUCUGAUUUCUACUGUCCACCAAAUUAG